AUGCAUGUCACUUACCUAGCUUUCGCUCUCUGCGCGGCCACCGUCAGCGGUGCACCGGCAUCCGGCACUACCUUCUUGCAGCUCCUCGACCUACUCCCACGACAGUCCAACGUGACAUGCCCUCAGACCCCCAGUCCCAUGCCCAAAGCGGCCGAUUUGCCCGCCGUAAAGACGAUGCCCGACCCCUUCCUCUAUCUCGACGGAAAGACAAAAGUCAAAAGCAAGGACGAGUGGUAUCAGUGCCGGCAGCCUGAGAUUUUGAAGCUACUUCAGGAAUACCAGUACGGCUACUAUCCUGAUCAUUCGCAGGAAACCGUCACGGCGUCCCGCAGCGGGACAAAACUUGAUGUUACGAUCGCUGCAGGAGGGAAAUCGGCGACAAUCUCGGCGACGUUGAAUCUACCGAGUGGGAGUGGGCCGUUUCCGGUCAUCAUUGCUAUUGGAGGCAUUGAUAAUAACAGUUAUCUGAAGGCGGGUAUUGCGGUGGUGACAUUUGACUACGGGAAGGUUGCGGCGGAUAGCAACAGCAAGACUGGUAGCUUCUGGACACUAUACAAUGGGAAAGAUAUCGGCGUACUCACUGCGUGGGCGUGGGGCUUCCAUCGCGUCCUUGAUGGCAUAGAACUCAAAGUCCCCGAGAUUGACGCAAAGAAGUCCGGCGUCACAGGAUGCUCCCGCCUGGGGAAAGCAGCGCUUGCGGCUGGUCUAUUCGACAAACGCAUUGCGGUCACUAUGCCCAUGUGUUCUGGCGUGCAGGGGGCUGGGCCGUAUAGAUACAGCUUGAGCGGGCAGGGCGAGAAUCUGGAGAACUCUAAAUCCGGCGCAGGCUGGUGGACCUCUUCCGGCAUAUCCCAGUUCGUGAACCAUGCCACUCAGCUUCCCUACGACGCGCACACCAUAGUUGCGGCCAUCGCUCCACGUGCUGUCAUCCUCGAGCAAGGAGCCUCAGACCAGUUCACGGAUUCAAAGGGUACCGCCACUGUCACUUUCCCGGCGGCGAAGGCAGUGUAUAAGUGGCUAGGUGCUGGAGAUCAACUCGGCAUGAGCAUACCCAAGGGUGGACACUGCGAUAUGGGCGGGUAUGCCGACGUGCUGCCGUUCGUGCAGAAGGUUCUACAAGGAAAGACGACGAGCAGGAAUUAUGACGACCUGGGAAGUUGGAAAGCUAUGCCAGAGGCUUAUCCUUGGGCGACGAGCUUACCGGCGGGUAGAUAG